CUUCCACUUCCUUUCCUCGCUGCACUCCUGAGGAUAUCGUCUGCGACGUAUAUACCGACCUCAAUCGCCCUUCUAUCCCGUACCGUCGUUCGCAACCGUCCCCAUCAUGGUCUCCCAGGACUCCGAGAAGCAGUUCCAGGCGGAGCAGAUCGAGACGAGACAGCAAUAUGCGAAGCCAGGGUUUGGCCAGAAGGCAAAGAGGCACUGCAGUCGGUUCUGGUGGUUGCAUUUGAUUAUUUUCUGCGUCAUUUUCCUGAUCGUUGCGCUGUGCCUCGUUUAUGUCGGUAUGCCAAAGAUCGCUCAAAAUGGUGUCGACGAAUCAUGGAUGGAGGUCACGGAUUUGAAGUUUCUCGAGCCUACGUCUAAUUCCGUGGUCCUGACCCAGGAAGUCAUCCUCCACAGCCCAAGCAUCUUCACACCCACACUUGAUCCAUUCACGGCGGCCUCAUGGCUUGUCACCAAUGGCACUUUUGGCCCCACACCUAUGUUGAUGAUUCCCAUGCCAAAGAUCCACGCGUUACACCCAGUAUCCAAUGCUGGUGUUCAGAAUGUGAACCUCAGUAUUGCAAGCCUCGAGCAAGUCACCGAGUAUUCUACGGCAAUUAUCUCGCAGGAAAGUGUGACAACGGCGUUGACGGGAAAGACCAAAUUGCACGAGGGAAAGCUUCCAGUUGUUGACAUUAACUACAACUCUUCCAGCACAUACAAAGGUCUCAACGGCUUGAAGGGAUUCAACGUCACAGGUGUCCGCCUCAACUCCUCCGCCAAAGCCGGCGAGCCAAAUCUCAAGGGCUUCGCAUACAUCCCCAACCCAUCCGUCAUCACCGUUGCUCUGGGCAAUGUAACCCUCACGCUCUCCACCGUCAAAGCCGGCGUCGUCGGCAACACAACCAUCAACGACAUGACCCUCGUGCCAGGAAACAACACCCUCCCCAUGACCGGCAUUGUCGACCAAGUCCUCAUAGCCUCAUCUCUCAAUUCCACUGGUUGGGUCACGCUGUCGAUCAAAGGCCAGAGCGCCAUCUAUAACGGCCAGCACUUAACUUACUACGAAGCACCACUCAAGAGCAACGUCCUAUCCUUAGACAUGAACAUCGUCCAAGUCCUCGCCGACAGCACAUCCAGCUCUUAAAACCCCUUCCUCCCUAUCCUUAUCUUUCUCAUGGAUGGAAAGGAAGUAAUUGUUUGUAUUACCGAAGUUAUCAUAAAAAUAUCCUGGAGAUGUUCCGUUCUUUUCGAAAUGAGAUGCGCAUGUGAGGGA